AUGACUGUUGUUGUUGAGCCUCAUGAAUUGAAUAAGAACGUUUAUGUCGAAGUUAAUCGAUUGGCUGAUGUUAUCGAGCCUAAUGAAUUAAACAAGGAUGUUUGUGUAGAAGAAGAAAUUAACCAAUUGACUGAUGCUAUUGAGCCUAAUGAAUUAAACAAGGAUGUUUGUGUAGAAGAAGAAAUUAAUCAAUUGACUGAUGCUAUUGAGCCUAAUGAAUUGAAUAAGGAUAUUUGCGUAGUAGAAGAAAUUAAUCAAUUGACUGAUGCUAUUGGGCCUAAUGAAUUGAAUAAGGAUAUUUGUGUAGAAAAAGUUGAUGAAUUGAUUGAUGCUGUUGAGCCUCAUGAACUGAAUAAGAACGCUUGUGUCGAAGUUAAUCGAUUGACUGAUACUAUUGAGUCUAAUGGAUCGAAUAAAGCUGUUUGUGUAGAAGAAGAAAUUAAUCAAUUGACUGAUGCUAUUGAUCCUAAUGAGUUGAAUAAGAAUGUUGGUGUCUGUGUAGAUGUCAAGGAAACGGCCAUUGCUGUCGAGUCUAAUGAAUUAAAUAAGGAUAUUUGUGUAGAAAAGGUUAAUGAAUUGAUUGAUGCCAUCGAGUUUCAUGAAUUGAAUAAUGACAUUUGUGUAGAAAAAGUUAAUGAAUUGAUUGAUGCUGUCGAGACCCAUGAAUUGAAUAAGAACGUUUGUGUAGAAGUUAAUCAAUCGAUUGACGUUGUUGAAUCUAAUGAAUUGAAUGAAGAUUGCGUAGAAGUUAAUGAAAUGACUGAUGCUAUUGGGUCUAAUGAAUUGAAUAAGGAUGUUUGUGUAGAAGUUAAUGAAUUGAUUGAUGCUGUCGAGACUCACGAAUUGAGUAAGGAUGUUGGUGUAGAAGUCAUUACUCAACAAAUUGCAGAUAAACUGAAAUUGAAUGAAUUUGGUGAUGCUAGUUUGAAUCAGGAUGAACAAAUGGAUAUUAUUAUUAGCAAAGAUAAUAUUAUUAUUGGUAAUGACGAUAUAGUUACGAGCAAUAAUACCACUAACAGUUAUGAUAUUGUUAGUAAUGACGAUAUUAUUUAUAAUAAUUUUAUGGUGGAUGAAAAUAAUGAUAAUGUUAUUGAAACGAUCACCACCCCAACAUUUUUCACUUCACCAAUACUAUCAAAAUUACCAACACUUUUCACUUCGCCAAUACUAUCAAGAUUACCAACAUUGUUAUCAUCACCGACAUUAUCAAGAUCACCAAUAAUAACAUCAAAUCAAUCGCAAAUUAAAAAAUUUACCGUGGAAGAUUAUUUAAGAGAUUUGGGCGAGCAACAAGAAAAGAAGCUGGAAAUCGAAAUUGAGAAAAUUAUUGAAAAAUUGUUGAAUGCUAAAAAAAAAUUAAAAGAAGAAAUAAUGCGAAUUCAAGUCAUAUAA